AUGGCUACCACCCUUGUAUCGGAAACCAAGAGCAACGCAAAUGUAGGUGCUCUUGGGAGAACCAAAGAUGGCAGACCUCUUAAGAUUCGGAGCUAUCCAAAGUUCGACUCGCUGGAAGAAGAGAGAUUGUACAGGAAGCAACAUCUUGCUGCCGCCUAUCGUAUCUUCGCGGAGAGAGGUUUCGACGAAGGCGUUGCUGGACACAUCUCCGUCCGGGACCCAAUUCUUCCUGACCAUUUCUGGUUGAAUCCACUCUCAAUGCACUUUUCGCAAAUAUCGGUGUCUGACUUGAUACUGGUCAACGAGGAUGGCGAAGUCGUGAUUGGCGAACAGCCUAUCAACGCCGCUGCAUUCGCAAUCCACAGCGAGAUUCACAAAGCUAGGCCGAACGUUCAUGCUGCCUGCCAUGCACAUAGUGUAUACGGCAAAGCAUUUUCGGUAUUUGGCCGGGAGCUUGAUAUGAUCACCCAAGACAGUCUCCGGUUCUACAAGGACCACGCUGUAUAUCCUCAAUUCGGAGGUGUGGUAUUAGAUCGGGAAGAAGGCCGAAGAAUUGCGUCGCAUUUGGGAGACGGCAAGGCGAUUAUCUUACAAAACCACGGUCUGCUAACGGUGGGCGAAACCGUUGAUGCUGCAGCAUUCUGGUUCAUCAGUCUGGACAAGACUUGCCAUGCGCAAUUACUCUGUGACGCUGCCGAACGAGGUAGUGGGCACCAGAAGACGUACAUUCCGGAUGAAGAGGCCAGGUACAGCUAUCAGCAGGUCGGUGCUCCCGAGAAAGGAUGGCUCGCCUUUCAGCCAUAUUUUGAUGACAUUCUGGCCAAAACGAAUGGUAGUUUCUUGAAGUAG